UUAACUUAUCUAGCCAUUCACUUGUGCAAUUCCCUGUCUACAAUACAUGUGUUCUCUCCGAGUCACUUGAUGUCGGCACGUUCAAUUCUAUAGUCUCUUCCAUUAUAGAUCUUCUCUUAUCACUAAGCUCUCCUUUUUGGAUACAAAGGUACAUACAUAUACGAAGUCCUCCUAUAUCGUAGGCCAUCGCGACCAUACCGUACGCUUAUGGUUGAAUCCGUCACUAUGGACACCCUCCCAACUGAACUCCUUCUCCACAUCCUUUCCCACCUCGAUGUCCCCCCGCCGUCCGUGACACGAUUCUCCCACGAGCCUUCCAUCCUCCUUACGACCUCAAAAUCUAUACCCCUCAAAUCCCUGCGCCUAACAUCCCACCGCUUCCAUGCCCUCACUACUCCAAUCCUCUUCCAAAACUGCGUUCUCAGCCUCGACCGCGCGCUCCUACUGCUCCCCAUCGACGCGCGCACCCUAGACGCCAUGCAAGCCGCGCUCAAGACACUCUCACCACACGAGUUGGCAGUCUACAUAAGUAUGAGGGCGAAACUAGACGCUACACAGCCGGGUGCAUAUCAAGAAGAGUUCGACACCGUGAUGCUAGAGUUUGUGGAUGUAAAACCCGGAGACAAGUGGAUGGAGCAGUCAGGACGCGCAUCGUGGGUACCGCGGCUGCCACCUCAAUUCCGAGAGAUGGAAAAGUUUCUAAGGGACCACAACCUGCGACAUAAAGUAGACAGUCUGGUUGUGGUCGCUCAGCGCGAUUACGAGCCGGAUUUUGGAUAUAGUACCAAUACGGUCGACGGGCGGAUGUACACGUACCAUGCUGUCCAGGAUCUCUGGAAGAGUGUGUUCACGCUGCUAAAUCCGGAAAGAGUGGUCGUAGCCGCGCCGCCGGGAACGCUCGCGACAUUGACGGAGACGAGUACGCUCAGCUCGGAUGGCUGGGCGUUUGAGAUGUUUUGUCACUACCUAGAACUACGACAGGACAGACCUAAGAAGCUAGAGAGCGAAAUGAAGGCGGAGGAGCUAGCGCUCCAGCGCCCAGAUGGCUACGUGCUCGGCACAGGGCCAGUGACAGGGGACAGGAGUAGUCUGUUGAUCUACGCGCGGCCGUGGACGCACAUCGGGUAUAACGAGGGCAAUUCGGUACCCGUGUAUUCCACGUACGAAUAUCAUCUCAAGCAGACGCCCAAGGUCCUCUACCUGGUUCUUGCACGACUGGGCAAGGAGACGUGCUGUUACGUCCGAAGCUUGACCUUCGUAGCCAUAUUCCCAUUUAGCUCACACAUGAGGACGAUGCUACGGUCUAUGCGAAAGGUCCCAACAUUGAAGCAAUUGAGAGUACAGUUGGCACCAGGGAAGGAAAAUAAUAUCCUGACAGAUAGGAUUAGGAUGAGGAAAGCACAACGAGGGGACCUCUGGAUGGAGCUCGAUGGAUGCUAUUCAAAGAUCGCGGAAUUCUUGUGGUCUAUGGGACAAGGAGCGGAGUUUCGCAGUGAUGAUGGAUCAAUUGGGUGUGGGGGAAAAAGCUUUCAAGGAUCGAUGAAGAAGAUGGGCGACUUGCAUAAUCUUGAGAACCCAGAGGAGGUUGUGGAGUGGAAUGAGAAUGGGGCUGGGAGGUGGAAGAGGAUUGAUGCUCUCAACGAAGCCACAAAGGGCUAAGUGGUGCUAUGUCUGGAAAUCACUGCUGCGAGAUGUUUUGAUGCCCCUCAAGAAAUCUCACCCAAUUCUUUUCGAUCGAGCUAUAUCUAGACGUACGUUCAUCGACAACAACGUGACCACCACGUGAUGUACCGUGGCAAUCACUGGAGCUCCAGCCAGACCAGAUGGUGCGGCCACUCCAUUUCAGGCAGAAUUACAGUUCCUUCUCUU